GGCUGCGCGCGCCGGGAGCCGACCUCUGCGCGGAGGGGACAUGAACGCGGCCGACAAGGCCCGGCUGGGGCCCGCGGUCGACGGGGCCGCGCCGCCCGAGGACGAGGAGGGCGAGGGGGGCGGGAAGGACCCGGCGGCGGACGSGGCCCCCGGGCCCAGCGCCUCGUUCCGCCUCAUGGUGACUCGGCGGGAACCGGCCGUGAAGCUGCAGUACGCGGUGAGCGGCCUGGAGCCGCUGGCCUGGUCGGAGGACCACCGCGUGUCGGUGUCCACGGCCCGCAGCAUCGCCGUGCUGGAGCUCAUCUGCGACGUGCACAACCCGGGCCAGGACCUGGUGAUCCACCGCACCUCGGUGCCCGCCCCUCUCAACAGCUGCCUGCUCAAAUUUUCGGCGGACACAACAUCUUUGUUUGUAUGUGGUGCUGAGGAUGGAACCCGGCCGCACGCAAUGAGCCACAUCCCCAGCCCCAAGUUUUAUUGUUUAAUCAGGUUUUUAAUAGUAAGACUUUUACUUUGUUUUACUUUGAGGAGCAGAGAGGGCGAAGCAGAGGAGCCCACAGACGACUCACUGCCCCCAUCGGGAGACGGUGGAGGCCACGAGGCAGUGGAGGAGAAGCUCCUUGAGAUCCAAGGGAAAAUCGAGGCUGUGGAGAUGCACCUGACCAGGGAGCACAUGAAGCGCGUCCUAGGGGAAGUGUACCUGCACACCUGGAUCACGGAGAACACCAGCAUCCCCACCAGAGGGCUCUGCAACUUUCUAAUGUCUGACGAAGAGUACGAGGACAGAACAGCUCGGGUGCUGAUCGGACACAUCUCAAAGAAGAUGAACAAACAGACUUUCCCUGAACACUGCAGCUUGUGUAAAGAGAUCUUGCCAUUCACAGAUCGCAAGCAGGCCGUCUGCUCUAAUGGGCACAUCUGGCUCCGGUGCUUCUUAACCUACCAGUCCUGCCAGAGCUUGAUAUACAGACGGUGUUUGCUCCAUGACAGCAUCGCUCGGCACCCAGCCCCAGAAGAUCCUGACUGGAUUAAGAGGUUGCUGCAGAGCCCCUGUCCUUUCUGUGAUUCUCCUGUCUUCUGAAUGCAGUAGUGGAGGGCAGAAGGGCGUGAGCUGUGGAACAUUCCAGAGCAUGGGAAGCCRUGCGCUGGAGGAAGCCGACUGCGUGGAGAGGUGCUCUUCCUAACUGUCGCCAGGGCCUCUCUGGGAGGGCAGCGCACAYCAUCUCCAGGACUAAAAGAUAUCUUUCAAGUGACUGAAGGCUUAGUGUCAUUUUGAGAUGAACGUGGUCCCCCAGCUCCUUACCCARUGAGGAACGUUUACUUUCAAGUGUCUUGAUGAAAACAGUUUGAACAAAAAAUUGUCCUAUGGAAUGUAGGAACCUGGUGGUCUCUGGUAGAGAAUCGUGUGAGGGCCUUCUGGGCUGAGUUAGGUCUUAUCCUUUUUUGGUCUGAGGCGGCCCAUGGCUCUAGAGGGCUUGAAUAGCCUGGUCCGUGCAUUCCACGCACCAACAGAUAUUAAAAGUAUUAAAACAAUGUGUGGGCUGAUGUUUUGCUCCCAGUGCAUAGCUGCAGAUCUGUGUCCAGUUGACUCUUGUUUCUCAUGCAUAUGGAUAACAUUUUCCUUUAAAAUUUUAUA